GCUAUGUGUAGGAGAUAGCUCCAUGGCGCUGGAAUCGGAGCAACGAAAUCACAAAGCCGCAUCCCCAUCAGUGGACAUGCUCUUUGCGAGUAUUCCCCUAGCUUCACCUCCAUGGCCGGUCCCGUGACUCAGCAAUUCGAGUCCAGCAGCUUCCGUCCAGGUUUCAAAACGACCACUCUACCAGGCAUUCUAGCAGGAGACAUCUCCGCAGCCGCCAUCUCAGCAACUCUCAUAGCACCCGUGAUUACAGCCAUAGACAGAGCCGUUGUCGAGCACGCCGGCUCAAGCACCCGCCCUCUCCACACAGCUCUCAAAACCCACAUCCUUUGCUCAUUCCGGCACCCACGCCUCUUCUUCACCGCAAAACCCUUCUUCUACGUCUGGACGCUGUACGCAGCCACAUAUUCCACCGCGAACGGCGUGGAAAGCCUCGGCAGAGCAUAUACGCAGAACACGAACCAGGUGCUAGUUACCUCCCUCACAUUCCUCUCGACAUGCCUCGUGAACGUGCCGUUGGGAGUAUGGAAAGACGUCCGAUUUGUCCAGAUUUUUGGACAUGGUCGCACCCCGCCGAACAGCGCCCUUGACACUCCAACCACGAAACUCGGCGCAGCAACAGCGCCGCACGCUACGCUCCACCACCACCCAACAGCAAAGUUCCCGAAGACAGUAGCAGCCACCUUUCUCCUCCGCGACGCUCUCACCAUCGCAGGCUCUUUCACACUGCCUCAAAUGCUGUCCCACUCGAUACCCGAGACGCUGUUGUCCGACCCUGUGGCGAGGAUGGCGGCGAUGCAGCUCGUGGUGCCCGUGCUAUCGCAGGUCGUCGCUACGCCUGUGCAUCUCCUGGGGCUGGAUCUGUAUAGCCACCAGCACAGGCGCGAGCGGGGAGAGCGGAUGUGCAGGAUUCGGAGCAAUUUGGGAGCUGCGACUUUGGUGAGGUGUGCUAGGGUUAUUCCGGCGUUUGGGGUGGGGGGAGUUGCGAAUGCGGGGCUGAGGAGGUUGUUUCAUCGGAAGGCGGGUGUGAUGGGUUGAUUGGGGAGGUGAGCGGUGGUGGUAUAUCUGAUCACAAUUGCGAAAUGGAUCUACGCAAGCAAGUGUAGGAUACG